AGAAUAUCCCCCUUGUGCUGAGUCACACCACAAACGUACUAGGAUUCACUAAUACCUUAGGCAUGGUAGGAAGAUCAAGCUUGGUUGAUUAAAUUCAGAGAGUGCACAAGUUUUCUUCCGCGAGUCAGCUGUUAGUCUAAUAUGACAUUUUUUCUCAACACUUAUGUAUAUUGAAUGACUGGAGCUGAAUAAUUCCAACAUUGGUGAAUAUGGUGAAAUUUAAUAUUUUUGUAGCGACAGUACUUGCUUGUCUCAGCAGAGCGGCGGGGCAAUGGGGUAUAUCAGGAGGACGGGGUACGGGGCCGUACUGGCGGGGUACCACCACGGGCUUCGGACCCAGGGCGCCCCCGAAACGGACGGAUUUGUGUUGCAGACAAACGGUGAGCUACGGCGGCAGUUCAGUGCCCGUACCACUGGCCAAGAACUGUAAAGACAUCUUGGAUUUUGGCGGCGGUCGAGACGGGGUAUACACUGUCUAUGUCUCUGACCUUGAGAGCUGUAGCAAGAGAGAGGUCUACUGCGACCAACAGAGGGACGGCGGGGGAUGGACGGUAAUUCAACGUCGGUUUAACGGCAACCUCAACUUCUACCGCGGUUGGCAGGAUUACACCAAAGGCUUCGGUUUCUUGGACGGGGAGUUCUGGCUUGGCUUGGAAUGGAUUCACCUACUUACCCACCAGGGACCAACCGAGCUUCGAAUUGACCUGCAGGACUUCCAGUACGAAGAGGCACACGCCGUGUACCGCUUUAUAUCGGUGUCCGACGCGGCUAAGAAUUACUCGCUGACCGUGCGGCGGUACGACCCGUCGUCAACCGCAGGUGAUGCUCUGAGUCCCCACAACGGCGCCCAGUUCUCUACCUUCGACGCAGACAACGACCGAUGGAGCGGCAACUGCGCGUCCGAAUACUACGGCGCUUGGUGGUACACCAGCUGCCACACAGUCAAUCUUAACGGCCUCUACCUGGGUGGACCGACGAGCGACUACGCCAAGGGGGUUGUCUGGAAUUCCUGGAAAGGGUAUAGUUACUCGCUCAAGUUCGUCGAGAUCAAGAUCAGGCCGUUACCACCGCCGUUUUGAUGCUGACAUAAAGGACAGAAUGGACCGAUGU